GAGCCCGGUGCCGCCCGCCCGCUCCCGCAGGCUUUAUGUGCACGCGGGGAUGCGAACGGCGCGAGCGGAUUGGGUGAGCGCGCCGGGGCUGAAGGAGCGCGCCUCGGCAGCCAAUGGGAAGCCGCGCUUUGGAGCCGCUUAUUUGCAUGCGGCGCGGCCCCCGCGCGCCGGCGGCUCCGCACGCCCUCGGCCAAUGGGAGGCCGCGGCCGCGGAGUCCUCAUUUGCAUAGCGCCGCUAUAAAGCGGGGCCGCCACCCCCCCGCCGCCUCACUGCGCUCGGCUCUGGUGUGCGGCGGCAGCGACAGCAGCGGCAGCAGCGGAAGAUGCCCGAGCCGGCCAAGUCCGCGCCUGCGCCCAAGAAGGGCUCCAAGAAGGCGGUGACGAAGACGCAGAAGAAGGGCGACAAGAAGCGGCGGCGCAGCCGCAAGGAGAGCUACUCCAUCUACGUGUACAAGGUGCUGAAGCAGGUGCACCCAGACACGGGCAUUUCGUCCAAGGCCAUGGGCAUCAUGAAUUCCUUCGUCAACGACAUCUUUGAGCGCAUCGCUGGCGAGGCCUCGCGCCUGGCGCACUACAACAAGCGCUCCACCAUCACCUCGCGGGAGAUCCAGACUGCUGUACGCCUGCUGCUGCCGGGCGAGCUGGCCAAGCACGCCGUCUCCGAGGGCACCAAGGCCGUCACCAAGUACACCAGCUCCAAGUGAUGGGGCUAGCAGGGCCCUGCUGGAUCUGCUCCACCUCAACCCAACGGCUCUUUUCAGAGCCACCCACUUCUUCCUAAGAG